CUUGUAAAAAUGGCUUUUGCUAAUGCACAAACAUUUCUCUUACUUGUAGUAGUGUUCUCAUCCAUGUUUGCUAUUGGACUAGCCAACUAUGACUUCAACUGGGGGCCAAGAACCUGGAACAAAACCAAUUGCCCUUAUACUAAUCCUCCAAAUGCUACUCAGACCUCCAAUAGAUUCAUCGUUGGAGGUUCGGAAAAUUGGCAUUAUGGCUUCAACUACAUGGAUUGGGCACGAAAUAGUGCUCCUUUCUUUGUUCAUGACACCUUGGUAUUCAAAUAUGAUCCACCAAAUGCAAACGGUACCGGAUUUCCACACAGUGUUUACUUAUUCCCAAAUUACUGGAGCUUCAUUAAGUGUGACUUCAGAAGAGCCAAAAGGAUAGCGGAUCCAACUCAAGGUGCUGGGGAAGGAUUUGAGUUUGUGCUGAAUAAAAUGCAAACUUACUAUUUUGCUUGUGGAGAACACCAAGGCAUACAUUGCAAAACUGGGAACAUGAAGUUUGCUGUUAUGCCUCUCAAACAUUAGCGUUUUUGAAUUAAAAGAGACCAACAGG